AACUCCCUGCCAGUGUAGACAGGCAGCAUGUUUUUGCGCAAAAGUGUCCUUUCCUACCCCUCGCCACUGGUGAGAGAAACCCAGACAUGUGACCAUGUUUAGAUAUGUAUGAGGUGCUGCUGCCUGAACCAGCAGAGAGCCUGAACCAUCUCCUUGAGAGUGGAGUUGUUCUGUGCCUCUUUCUGGGGCGUUAACCCCAAGCUCACCCGACCCCAGCAGGGGAUUCUGUGUGGAGCAGAAGGGGAGGAGCAAAGCAGGCCUGCCUCUACCAUCACCACCUCAGCAGGGACACCUGAGCUGCUGGGGGCAAGUUCUAGGGGAUCCCACUUCUGACACCAAUACCUCACUGCCUGGAAAAAAGGUGAAUGGGGUCCCCAGGCCACUGCCAUUUCAAGUGCAUAUGGGAGGAUUACCAGGGUUACAAUCCCUAAUAAUCGUUGAUCACUUCCUUAUUGUUGCAUCCUGAGUUUCAGUCAGAACAGGGGCACUGGGCGCAACCCAGACACACCCCACCCUGGUGAGCUCAUGGGCUUGUCAACCCUCUCCACUCCUCCCCCCGCCCCAUAGCUGUGGUUCAAGCGUCCCCUUAGGGCAGGGCCCCCACCUGCCCUUCACUAUUUCCCCCGGGCUAAGGAACAGGCCCAUGGAAAAGUGCCCAGUGAAGCCCAGCCCAGAGCGAGUCCAGGCAGGGCUCAGCAGAGUGGAGAGUUGGGAAACGACCCAGCUGCGGGUGCAACUGCUCCAGGGGGGCGAGUUCCAAACGGCUUCUGCCCGCAGAACCACACUCUGCUCUCCGCUGAAAGCAGAACGGUGGUACCUGCCUGUGGAGUUUUCCUUUCUGCUCUCAGGUUGCUAAACUUGCUGCUGCCGCCUGGAGGUUAAGCUCCCUUGAUAGAGUGAAUCUCUCUUGGCUGGGUCCCUGUCUUCCUAGGCUGUUCUACCCCCACUGUCCCCCUCCCUUCUGUUCUCUCUCCCAGUUCUAAAAGUUACCGUUUUGCCGAAAGCCCCACAUGAUAAACCCGUGGAAAACAGAAGAAGGGAAAACCUGUACUUGAAUAAACCCAAUACACUAAUUAGUUCAACCCGUCAGUGUGCAACAGUUGGAAUUACUCCAAACUUUUUUGAAGAUGUGGUUGCCAAGCAACAGAAAUGCCGACUCGGCUUCUAAUCCUAACCACUAAUAUCUGUAACAUGGCCUUUCCUUCCUGGGUAAACAACUGGCUAGUGGAGGCUGGCCCCCAAGCUCCGCCCCUUCCACCUGAGGCCCCGCCCCUUCCAAGCCCACUGGAGGCCAGCUUUCCCCCUUUGUGGCCACUGGUGCCCUUAGUGUCCCCCUGAACUGUCGGGAGGUCAGGCAGUGCAACGCCAGCCCCCCGAGCCUAGAAUGCAGGGGGGCUGGGCCUAACCUUCCCAGGCCCACCCAGAGGGCUACCAUCAACUGGAAAACAAAACCCGGCCAUCGAUCGGAGGAGGGGAAGGGCAGAGCAGAGGAGAGACGAGGCAUGAUAAAGUGAGACAACCGCAAAGCCGAGUCGAGCCCCCCAGUCCAUCUUCGAUGCCCUCUGCUUCUCCCGGACAAGGGGCAACGCCCUGCCCGGAAAGGGACAAACAGCCGGGGAACGUCACCUGACGCACAAGCCCCGUGUCAAUGGGAGGGCCUGGGCUGACAGGCAAAACGCUGCUUUUCUGAAGCCAAGCUGACCUGUGGGCGAAUCUGGCAGGAACCGGUGACGCUCGUCCCUGGGCCGUGUGAAGCACAAGCACAUUCCAGGACGGCGGGAGCAGAACACCUCGAUACCAACCACAGGCCCCGGCGACACCAGGAACUGCCCGUCCAAAAGCAGCUCACAGGGCACCAGCCUGCACGAGGCGGUGGGCACCACCCAGAGCCGGCAGAGGAGGUGCCGACAUUUGGCAGGCACGCUGCAGAACUCGUUUGUAUCUGUGACCGAGGCGGUAACUAAGGGAGUUGUCUCUGGCAGGCCUGAGAGAUCGCGGAAAGUCCUGCACGUAACUGAGCUAGUCCAUUGCCACAGUGCACCUGGGUCAGCGUGCCGGUGCCUGCGCAGCCCAAGCACUAGCACCGUCCGUCGCUGGCCACGUUCCUUCGCUACCGACCGAGGGUGUGGGUCCACUGGGCGCCUCGCGUGAGGUCUGUGCAGAGCUGGGACACAGGGAGACCCACACACGCAGCCAAACAGCUGACAUUACCCCAUGGCGGAUCAGAGUGAUGAGUGCCAGGCCAGCAUCCUGGAGGAGUUUGAAACAAUCACCGACGAGGAGAUUGCGGAGAUCAGGGAGGCUCUGGAAGGGGGCAGUUUGGCCGAUGCCGCCUCAAAGAUCCUGGAGAGCCUGGAGUCCUUGGAGAACACCCGGCUGGACAUCGCUGUGACCGGGGAGUCCGGCUCCGGCAAAUCCUCCUUCAUCAACGCCAUUCUCAGCAUGCAGGACGAGGACGAGGGCGCAGCCCCCACAGGGGUGGUGGAGACCACCACGGAGCCAACCCCAUACCCGCACCCCACAUACCCCAACGUGACGCUGUGGGACCUGCCAGGCAUCGGCACCCCGGCGUUCCAGUCCAGCACCUACCUGGAGCAGGUGGGCUUCGCCCGCUACGAUUUCUUCAUUGUUCUCGCCUCCGAGCGCUUCCGUGCCAACCACGCCCAGCUGGCCCGGGAGAUCCAGCAGAUGGGCAAGCGCUUCUACUUCGUGCGCUCCAAGGUGGAUGCCGACCUGGCUGCUUCCAAAAUGCGGCGGCGGGCAAGCUACAGCGAGCACAGGAUCUUGGAGCAGAUCCGGAACAACUGCUGCAAGCUGCUGCAGGACGAAGGGGUGGCUUCCCCGACCGUCUUCCUCCUCUCCAGCUGGGAGCUGGGCAAAUAUGACUUCCAGGCGCUGGAGGAGACCCUGGAGAAGGAGCUGCCCAGCCACAAGAGACACGCGUUCCUCAUGGCUUUGCCCAACCUGUCCCUGGCCAUCUUGCAGAGGAAGAAGGAAGCCAGGCAGAAGCAGAUCUGGAAGCUGGCCACCAUCUCUUGUGGCAUUGCUGCUGUCCCUAUCCCAGGGCUCUCGGUGGUCUGUGACGUGACCAUCCUGGUCAAAACCCUCUCCAACUACCGCCAGGACUUUGGCUUGGACGACGAGUCGCUCUGCAAGCUGGCCGAGAGGGUGGGCAAGCCCGUGGAGGACAUCAAGGAGGCGAUUCAGUCGCCGCUGGCCAAGGAGCUCUCGAAGGACCUGGUGGUGAAGAUGCUGACGAAGGCCGGCGGGGGAGCCCUGAUGUUCGCAGAGUACCUGGUCAGCUUGGUGCCAGUGGUUGGGUCCAUGACGGCCGGGGCGGUCUCCUUCGGAACCACCUAUUACAUGCUGCACAGCUUCCUGAACGAGCUAGCCAGGGACGCCCACCUCGUCUUCAUAAAGGCCUUUGAGACGGGCGUCUGAAGGACCCAGGAGCGUGGCUGUGACAGAAAUCCCCAGGAGGGCGGGAGAGAUUUCGGAGCCGGAUCCUCAGUGGGAGUAGGGGAAACGGGAAGCCACAGACUCUGGUGCUAUUUGGGCAUCCUGCAAGGGGCACCUUGCACCUCGCAGUGGAGGAUUGUGGGAGCACCACGGCCCUAGUCCAGGAUCUGCCUGGUUUUGGCACAACCUGGGCAUGGUACAUCCAGGAGAAGGGUGGGACGAGAUCACAAGUGGCUGAAUAAAGAACAAAUGGUCAAUGCACUUGUGUGAUGGAGAAGUAGGAGAUGGGAGCCAGGGGUCCUGGGUUCUGUCCCUGCUCAGGGGGAGGACAGGGGACCAGACACCAAAUGUGAACAAGUGGCACAGGGAGUGAGGGGCAAUAGGUGCCCAUAUAAAACAUGGCGGCACUGUUCCCGUGAACUCGGGACACGUGGGCACCAGAAGGGGGGGUCUAGCCGGGACCUUGGCUUCUACCCCAGCUUUGAGAUGGAAUACGGAGCAGACUUCACAACCCUCUCUCCA